UGGCAGCAGAUGCAUCACGCAACGAGGAUCAACGAGGAUUCGAUAGCACGCGUGAAUUUUGGUUAAUGUUGUUUAUAACAAAGUGAAUGACAAUGUCUCUUUUCAACGUGCGGCAAUUCUUUGGCACGUUGUAUCAGCGUUACAUGUUCUCAUUACCGGCAAUACACUUAUCUCGCACACAAAAGAUUUUUAUUAUCUGCUUCACUAGCGGUUCGAUAUUACUAGGAGGACUGGCACAAUUUUUGAAGAGACGACGAAGACACUCUAUUCCACCUUCCAGAAGGCAUUACAGAGAUUACAAAACAAGAUUAGGAAAUAUUAAGAAUGCUAAUUUUGAUGUAUUGUCACAAGCAUCUUGGGCAAGAAGAAGUGAAGCCAGCACUAGAAGUCAUAUUAGUGAUCGUGCAUCACUCAUCUCCUCUGUGCCAGGGGGUCCAGACAAUAAUGAAAAACUUACUCCGCAACAAUAUGGUGUUCUUGAAAAAAACGUAAUUGCCUGCGCGAGAAACGAUGGGAAAGGUAUAUAUUCUUCCGACUGGCUGGAAACUGGGCUCGAAUUCCUACGUCAGAAAAGAUAUAAACUGAUGCCGUUCUCAUUGACAGGACUCGAGGCGUUGGAGAAGGCUCUUUAUUGCUGGGAAGACGCGCUCACCGCGUUCAGCUCGACUCUUGGCAACGACACCCUGGCUCUGCCGUCGAAAGCCGACGCGGCGUUCACCCACGAUGUGCAGGAGCUGCUCGACAUGGGCUACCAGAUCCAAAGCCACGCGGAAUUGCUUUUCCUCGAUCAACACUCCGUUUUAUUCCGCAACGACAGCGAGGAGAGUCUCGACAAACCUUCAAACUUCGGUACACGGCUAUUUGGUUUCAGGGAUAAAGCUGACGCCGCAUCGUCGCCCGAAUCGUUCGAAUCUGCACGUGACGGGGUUGCAGAUUUGCGUGAAUUCGAAGAAUUUUCAGAACUAUUUCCACACUUUGAGAAGCAAAAGCUUUAUCAUGCUGCUCUUAAACAGUACGAAGAUAAAGGCAUUCCUUGCAGGAGACUACACACGGAACUCGUAAAGUGCGGAUCAGAUGUGGAAUACUUAGCGAAAGUAUACUGCCUGCGUCAAGCCUAUACGAAAUUAUUUAAUUUACCUACGGCAACGACAUAUAUAGUUGACGUAGGUCGUCAAGUCAUUAGCGAUUUAAUUAUGUACGCGGAUAGGGAUCCUAAGGAUUACUUAAUGUAUUAUGAGCGUAUGAUGGAGUUUCUACAAGAGCCACACAAUCAUAGUAUCAUGGAGGAAGAAUUGACCGCCCGAGGUGUCAAGUGCAUGAACUUUUAUGACGUGCUUAUUGAUUUCAUACUCUUAGACGCGUUCGAAGAUAUGGAGAAACCACCAUCGUCCGUCAAAGCUAUAAUUCAAAAUAGAUGGGUGUCCGCCAGUUUCAGAGAAACUGCGAUAGGAACGACUCUCUGGUCCGUCCUGGCAGGCAAGCGAAAGAUGCUGAAAUACGAUCAAGGCUUCUUGGCGCACUUCUACUCUAUCUCCGAACAAAUCUCGCCGAUGUUUAUUUGGGGAUUCUUGGGUUCCGAAGAGAGCCUACGUUCUACUUGUCAAUAUUUUAAGGAACAAGUAAUCGAGUUUCUUGUAGAUAUAUUUAAUUUCUUCAAGGUACGGUACACCACGGUCGAUGACCUUGCCGUGGAUAUUCUCAGGGAAAUGAAGCUAAGAGUCGACAAUAUAAAUCAAAGGCUAUCGUUAGAAGGUUGCUAGCCAAAUUAAAUAUGUUUAGGCAACAAUUUCAAUGCAAUUGAAUGCGCUUGAUAUUACAAAUUACAUUGCAUAUACUGCGUUCAAUUUAUGUUGUAAAAUAAAAUGUUAAUAUCAAUAUUAAUGCAGAAAUUAAGGCAGAUAUGAUAAGUUGAUAAAAGAUGCAGUACACCAUUGCACGUUUUAAUUUUCAUUACCGCGCCCAUAAUAAGUAAUUGUAGUAAGCAAUCUGUGAAAUUAUCUUACGAAAUAGUAUCACAGAGUGACAUUGCGCACCCUUCCUGUUAGCACCAAUUAGAAUCACGCAUAUGUCGAGUUUUAUCUAACAUUUGAAUAUAUAAAAGUUAUAUCAAUUUUGAAGAAAACAUUUAACAGACUCUAAUGUCCAGUUCCAUGAAUAUAGAAAAUAUAAAAAAAAUUAA